AAAGUGGAGGAGUUGAAGCUACCAAUGGGGUGAUGGUUGUGGCUUUCACAGUUCAAGCAUCUCAGCCUCCUUCACUCUCUGCCCCUUGUUUGCUGUAUUCAACUUCCUGCCCUAAGACAGGAAGUGGGCAGUGAUCUCAGGUGCAGCGGCAGCUACCAGAGCCAUGCAGGACAAGGAAUAUGUGGGUUUCUCGGCUCUCCCCAGUCAGCUGCACCGAAAGUCUGUCAAAAAAGGGUUUGACUUCACACUCAUGGUGGCAGGGGAAUCAGGCCUGGGAAAAUCCACCCUCAUCAACAGCCUGUUCCUCACCAACCUCUAUGAGGGCCGACAGGUGCCAGAGGCCAGUGCUCGCUUGACACAAACGUUGACCAUUGAGCGCCGGUGUGUGGAGAUAGAGGAAGGGGGUAUCAAAGUGAAGUUGACCGUGGUGGACACACCUGGCUUUGGGGAUGCUGUGGACUGCUCAGACUGCUGGCUGCCAGUGGUUCGAUUCAUAGAGGAACAAUUUGAGCAGUAUCUCCGGGAUGAAAGUGGCUUGAAUCGGAAGAACAUUCAGGAUUCUCGUGUUCAUUGCUGCCUCUAUUUCAUCUCACCCUUUGGCCGAGGGCUCCGGCCCCUGGAUGUGGCCUUCCUCCGGGCAAUGCAUGAGAAAGUCAACAUCAUCCCAGUCAUUGGCAAAGCAGACGCCCUGAUGCCUAAGGAAACCCAGGCUCUCAAGCAGAAGAUUCGGGACCAGUUGAAGGAGGAGGGGAUCAAUAUCUACCAGUUCCCAGAAUGUGACUCAGAUGAGGAUGAAGAGUUCAAGAGACAGGAUGCGGAAAUGAAGGGAAGGAUCCCUUUCGCAGUCGUGGGCUCCUGCGAGGUGGUGAGGCAUGGGGGUACUACAAGACCAGUGAGGGGACGCUGCUAUACCUGGGGCACCGUGGAGGUGGAGAACCCGCACCACUGCGAUUUUAUGAACCUGAGACGGAUGCUGGUGCAGACCCACUUGCACGACCUGAAAGAGGUGACCCACGAUCUGCUCUACGAGGGCUACCGGGCCCGUUGCCUGCAGAGCCUAGCCCGGCCAGGGGCUAAGGAUCGAGCCAGCCGCAGCAAGCUUUCCCGCCAGAGCGCCACCGAGAUCCCGCUACCCGUGCUGCCUCUGGCAGAGACGGAGAAGCUGAUCCGUGAGAAGGAUGAAGAGCUGCGCCGUAUGCAGGAGAUGCUGGAGAAGAUGCAGGCGCAGAUGCAGCAGAGCCAGGCUCCAGGCGAGCAGUCCGACUCGUUCUGAGGGAGGCGGUGCCGCGCGCACCACUGCCUGGUCCUUACCACUUCAUCUCGGGGCUCGCAGCAGCGCACUCCGCGCACCCUCCUCCUGCAUCUCAGUAGGAGGAUGUCAGCCCUGGCCCGGCCACUCUUCUCACCCGACCCUCUUCGCUCCUCUUCCUCAUAAAGUCUGUUUGCAAUAAAAAAAAUCUUCCCCAA